CUCUCAAUCUCCCUCUCUCUCUCUCUUUCCCUCCAUCUCUCUUUCUUUCUCUCCCUUUAUUUUUGGGUCUCUAUCACUGUAUUUCUCCCUCUCUGUCUAUUUAAAUCUCUAUCCAUCCUUCUUUCUCUAUAUUGCUGUCUAUCACUGCCUCUUUUGUUCGCUCAUUGUCUAUUUUUAUCUCUAUCAAUAUUGGUCUUCUCUUCCUCUCCCUCUCUCUCUCUCUCUCUCUCUCUCUCUCUCUCUCUCUCUCUCUCUCUCUCUCUCACUUGCUCACUGUCUCUCUCUCUUUCCCUCCCUGCCUCCCUCUCGCUGUUUCACUUGUACUAGCAUUCUCUAGAUGUUUUACACAACGUCUGUCUCACUAUCUUUAAGUUUCUCUAUAAAUCUAACACUCCAGCUGUUUAUCUCUUGCUGGAUAUCUCGCUCUCCCCUAGCAUUUCAAUCUCAUUCAACAUCUUCCUUCCUCACUGUCUCUAGUUGUGUUUGUCUCUGUCAUUGUUCCUCUUGCUCAUUCACUGUUUUUGUCUCUUUCAAUAUCUGUCUACUCUUCCUCUCUCUCUCUCUCCUCUGUCUCUCUCUCUCUUUCUGUCUCUGUCUGUCUGUCUGUCUGUUUCUGUCACUCUCCCUCCCUCUCUCUCUCCUUCUCUACCUGUUCUUUGAUGGCUGUAUUGCUCUUUAUCUCUCUCACUCGCAAUGUUUCUUUGUUCCUUGCUUUAUUUUUUCUGUCUCUCCAUCUUUCUUUCUCUUUUGCUCAAAUACUGUCUUUUUCAGGCUCUGUCACUGUAUUUCUCCCUCACUCACUGCCUCUCUGUUUCUCUCUCUCCCCAUUCCUGUUCUUCUAUAUUGCUGUUUCCCACGCUCUCCCUUCCUCUUAUACUCUCUAUUUUAUUCUCUACCAAUAUCUGUCCUCCCUCUCUCUCUCUCUUUCUCUCUCACACUGUCUCACUUGUAUUCUGAGUCUCUACCUAUCUUACACACCAUCCGUCUCACUAUCUUUGAGUCUUUCCAAAAAUCUAACACUCCAGGUGUUUUUUACUCUGUGGAUAUUCCUCUCUCCCCUGAUUUUCCUAUUUCAUUCAACAUCUUCCUCCCACACAGUUUCUAUCUCUAUCACUCUGUCCUUCUAUGUCACUGUCUUUCUUGCUUGCCCACUUUCUCUUUUUAUCUCUUUCAAUGUCUUUCUUCUUUCCCUCUCUCUCUCUCUCCCUUUCUCUGUCUUUCUCCCUCUCUGUCUCUCCAUCUGUCCAUCUCUCUUUCUUUCUCUCCCUUUCUUUAUUUUUGGGUCUCUAUCACUGUAUUUCUCCCUCUCUGUCUCUCUAUUUCUAUCUCUCCCCAUUACUCUUUCUCUAUGUCGUUCUCUGCCACUCUCUCUCUUGCUCCUAUACUCCCUAUUUUAUUCUCUACCAAUAUCUGUCUUCCCUCUCUCUCUCUCUCUCUCUCUCUCACUGUCUCACUUGUAAUCUCAGUCUCUAGAUGUCUUACACUCCAUCUGUCUCACGAUCUUUAAGUCUCUCCAUAAAUCUAACACUCCAGCUGUUUAUCUCUUUCUGGAUAUCUCUCUCUCCCCUGGUCUUCCUAUCUCGUUCAACAUCUUCCUCCCUCACUGUCUCUAUCUCUCUCUGUCUCUGUCAUUAUCCCUCUUGCUCAUUCACUGUCUGUUUUUGUAUCUAUCAAUAUCUAUCUUCCUCUCUCUCUCUGUCUCUCUCUCUCUCGUCUGUCUCUCUCUCUAUCUCUCUUUCCCUCUCUCUGUCUCUCUUUCUCUACCUUUUCUUUGAUGGCUGUAUUCCUCUUUAUCUCUGUCACUCGCACUGUUUCUUUGUUUCUCGCUUUCUUUUUUUUCUCUCUCCAUCUCUUCUUUCUCUUUCGCUCACAUUGUCUCUUUUUCUGGCUCUAUCCCUGAAUUUUCCCUGACUCACUGUCUCUCUAUUUCUAUCUCUCCCCAUUCCUCUUUCUCUAUAUCGCUCUCUGCCACUCUCUCUCUUGCUUGUUCACUCUCUAUUUUUGUCUCUCAAUAUCUGUCUUCCCUUCCUCUCUCCC